AUGUCUUUGAAGAAUUUACUAGAGUGUGACAAUGUGCCGAACCUAAGACAGGAAAUACCAACUCCAGAGGUUGCCAAACAUCAUCCUCAUCUUGCUGACAUUGCAACCGAGCUACCUCCAAUAAAUGACGAUGCAGAAAUUUCUCUUUUGAUUGGCAGAGACUUGAUCAAAACACACCAUGUCCUGGACCAGAGAAUUGGAAGGCGAAAUAGUCCGAAUGCCCAAAAACUACCCUUAGGUUGGGUGAUAAUUGGAGAAUCGUGUAUAGGUACCUACCAAAAGUUGAACUUGGUUAAUGUAAACAAAACAUACUUGCUACCUAACGGACGACCUUCUCUUUUCGAACCAUGUCCCAAUGGGAGAAGCAUUUCAGAGAAGGGUGGAAUAGAUGAACAUAAUCAUAUAUUCGUGACCAGGAAAGAUGAUGACAAGCCAUCCCUUUCUGUGGAAGAUAAGGAGUUCAUAAUGCAAAUGGAUAGUGGCUUCCGGAAAGACAAAGAUGGUAACUGGUCAGCGCCAUUGCCAUUCCGUUCCAGCAGACCAAGACUGCCAAAGAACUACGAGUAUGCUUGCAACAGAGCAAAAUCGCUCCAUGCAAACUUGCAACGGAACCCUGUCAAAUGUGAACAAUUUGUUGAAUUCAUCAGGAAGUUGUUAAAAAAUGGCCAUGCUGAACUCGCCCCAAAACUAACUGAGAAUCGAGAAUGUUGGUACCUUCCUGUGUUUGGCGUGUAUCACCCUCACAAACCAGGACAGAUAAGAUGUGUGUUUGAUCCAUCAUCAAAGUUCAAGGAGCGUUCCCUGAACAGUGUGCUGCUGCAAGGUCCAGACCUGACAAACAGUCUGUUAGGCAUAUUGCUUCGUUUCCGGAGGGAGUCUGUUCCUAUAGUAGCCGACAUUCAACACAUGUUUUACAGUUUCCGCGUUCACGAAGAUCACAGAGAUGUCCUCAGAUUCCUUUGGCAUGCGGAGAACAACCUCGAAAAACCUUUAGUUGAAUACAGAAUGUGCGUUCAUGUGUUUGGCAAUAGCCCAUCCCCAGCUAUUGCUACCUAUGGUCUUCGCAAAUCAGUAAGAAAACUUGAUGAAGAUAUAGAGAACUUUGUCAAUAGAGACUUCUACGUCAAUGAUGCUUUAACGUCACUUCCUACAGUACACGAAGCAAUAGAUGUUAUGAAACGAACACAGGAAGCUCUAGCCAAAAUCAAACUAGUGUUACACAAGGUAGCUUCAAACAAUGAAGAAGUGAUACUAGCCUUUCCAACUAAUCAGCUUGCUAUAGGUCUCAAAGACUUGAAUCUUGGGGAUGAUGUUCUGCCUGUCCAGAGAAAUUUAGGUUUACAGUGGGACAUGAACAAGGAUUCGUUUUUCUGUGACGUGUCAACAACACCAAGAUCCUUCACAAGACGUGGAGUUUUGUCAGUUGUCAACAGCUUAUUUGAUCCUAUCGGAUUUCUAGCACCGAUAACAAUCCAAGGCAAGCUGAUACUUCGCAACUUGAUGAAUGGAACGAUAGACUGGGAUGAACCUCUCCCACCAGAUAAACUUUCUGAAUGGGUCACUUGGAAAGACUCACUGGUUCAACUCAAACAUGUCCAUAUCCCUCGGUGUUAUUCAACUGAGUCAUUGAGCCAAGCUUCUAAAGUUGUGCUGCAUGUUUUUUUUGUGAUGCAUCAGAAUUUGCCAUCGCAGCUGUGUCCUAUUUGGUGA